AUGACCUGUCGUCGAUCUAAUACCUUACGUCAGAAAUCUCGAGCAAGAUUUCAAAGACUUAAAGAAGCGCGUAAGAUGAAAGUUCGUCAACUUGAAGGUGGAUAUUGUACGCAAGAGGACCUUACGAAAGCUAAGGAAGAAAAAGAAGAUCUUCAAGAAAAAUUUGAAAACUUGCUGGAAAUGGGGACUCAUAAGAAUCUCGAUACUGAGUUCCAUAAUAAAAUCUGGGCUGGGGAGCAGCGAAAAUUAUGGGAAGCCCAAAAAUUAAUCAUCGAUCACUUGCAGAGUAGUAGAGGUCGUGCUGAAGCAGCAUUUGAAGAAGCAAAACAAAUGCUUUUUGAGGAAUGUAAUAUAAUUUUGUCAAACGGUUCUACUUCUAAUCCUAAUUAUGAAGAAGUUGAUUAA